CUGAGCGUAUACAUUUUAUUUUCUUUCAUUAAUGAUAUUGUAGUCAGUAGGCUACUCACUAAAAUGAAUGGCUUGUUUUCUUUACGAUCACUUCCAAGAAUAAGUCGCUGUAAACCAGGCCUAUCUACACUAAUAGUUGCAGCUGCGCUCACUUGUCUAAUUAUAAUACUGCUUCAUUUGUUAGCCAAGCAGCAAUCAGAUAACGUUACAUACAAGGACUUUGAUAUAGAACUACCUGAUAAUUUCAAACCUGUUAGGAUCACAAAAAGAGAAUCUUUUCCUUCCAACGGACCUCCGAAAAUUCCCAAAAUUAUUCAUCAGGUUUGGAAAGGUAUCUAUGUUCCUUCAGAUUUUGUUGGUUGGGUGAAAUCAUGGAACACGCAUCAUCCUGACUGGGAAUAUUGGUUGUGGACAGAAAAAAGUGCCAGGCAAUUUCUACUUGAAAGGUUCCCAUGUUUUGUAGAGCUUUACGACAACUACCCUGAAAAGAUUCGACGAGCCGAUGCGAUUCGCUACUUAGUUCUGUAUGAAUUUGGAGGAGUCUAUGUUGACUUAGACAUGGAGGCUUUAGGAUCAAUUUUACCGAUGGUUCUAAAAUACUCAUGCUUUUUUGGGAAAGAACCCUUUGAGCAUCCAAUCUUUGAUACGAAUUUCAAAGAUCUUAUAAAUAAUGCCAUUAUGGGAUGUCGCCCAAAACAUCCAUUCAUGAAGCUGUUGGUAGACAAUUUAGAUCGUUUUUCUAAGCAAUGGCACCACCUAGACAGCACUGGUCCUCAUUUCGUUAGCUUCAUUUAUAGAAUGAAUGAAUCUCAAAUAACUUCAGAAAAAGGCGAAGACGCAGUCUACAUUGCUCCUUCGGAAUAUUUCUACCCAACCAUCGAACCCUAUAAGCUGUGGAACAUGAAUACAAUGUGUCGAAACAAGCAAACACUUUCUCAGCUUCAGAUUCUUGCUUGUAUGAAUUUAAAAUAUAAAAGUCUUCCACAAAACAGAUUUGAUCCAAUAACGAUUGCUUUCACCAAUCACCAUUGGUAUCACACUUAUCUCAAACAAAUGCCAUUUGUGAGAGCCAAGUACAAGUCAAUAUUUGACAUCAUACCUGAAGUGCAUAUAUAUAAAGAUCUUCAAGUGUGA